AUGAUUGUCACGUCAUUAUGCAGCGACUUCUCCCAUUUGCGUUUAAGGAAUUACUUCCCAAAAGUGUUCACAUUGCCAUUUCAGAUACUUAAGCACGAAGAUGUUGCUAUUUUGAAAGAAAACAUUGCGGUGAAGCUUUGUAAUUUGGAGAAAAAUUUUCCACCGUCGUUCUUUGAUGUUAUGGAACAUUUGGCCGUACAUUUAGCAGACGAAGCUGCUUUAGGUGGUCCAGUGCAAUAUAGAUGGAUGUAUCCUUUCGAGCGAUACAUGUACCAUCUGAAAAAGAAAGUUAAAAAUAAGGCACACAUUGGAGGUCGGGUUAGUGGAAAAUCUGAAGAGAAAUGGCUAACCGAUGAAGACUACACUGUCCUCCAGACUUUUCUGAUGCUCAAUUGUGAUACAUUCGAACCAUACGAAAGGAUGUUCGAGGAGUUUAUGACAGAGAGAAACCCAUAUAUGUCUACUAAUGAUCUACAAAUACUGAAAGACCAACAUUUUGCUGAAUGGGUGAAAAACUAUGUUGUGCAAGCGAGUAACACAUAUGAGUUUCCGAUGUGGAUGUUAGAUUUUGUACAAGGUCCGCAACGUAAGUAUAAAUCUUGGCCGAUUUACCAUUCACGUGGAUACUGCUUCCACACACAUAGCCAUGGCCAAGAUAAGAAAACCCAACAUUACGGCGUCCAAGUUCGUGGAACCACAGAUACUGACUAUUACGGUUUGAUUGAGGAGAUAAUAAUGGUUGAGUAUUUUGGUUCCGUUGGACUGAAGGCCAUGGUUUUUAAAUGUAAGUGGUUUGAUACAACUAAAGGACGGUAUAAGAAAUAUGAUCCAUUUAUCUUAUCUGGUAAUUGUGAUCAAGUUUGUUUUAUUCCUUAUCCGCGGGUACGACAUACAUCAGCCAACGAUUGGUGGGCAUGUACAAAAGUUAUGCCUAGAGGGGUUCGAGAAACCUCCGAGGAUGCUCUUGUUGCAUUACAAGAUGAUACACACAACCAAGUUGUUGCACAGAGCGUGAUGCUGCGCAUUGAGACGUAUGUUGUCGAAGAUGAUUCAGAUUAUGAAUCUACACCAGUUGUUCCUCCUAAUGACGAAUACAUUUCAGAAGAUGAAUUAGAUGAGGCUUGUACUGAUUCAGAUUCGGAAUCUGAUUCAAGUUCUUAUAACUUGUUUGGUAUUGAUCCUGAAGUCCAUGCUUUUAUCCGAGCAACAUGGCAGGGAAACUACUGGGGGUCGUGGGCAAGCUGGAACUUCGUUCCACCUGAGAAGAAGGAUCAGUGGUGGCAUGCGUUCAUUCAACACUACUACUGGGAUGACCAAUUCCAUGAUGAAAUCUACUUGAAGUGGAAGAAACAAACUCAGGUUACCGUCUGUGGCCGCAUCAGCCAGAACAGGAGAGAUAAUAGGCAACCUUCUUACAUGUCAGACGCUCACUGGGCAACAAUGGUUGAGAAGUACAACACUGAGCAAGCAAAAAGGAAGAGUGCAAAAGCUGCAAGAUCUCGUAAGUCUGCUCCAGUUGGGAAGAAGAUGCACAAGCACGGUGCAGGCCCACGCUGUUUCCUGAACAUUGCGUAUCAAAUGAUGGUUGAUGAAGGUUUGGAUGAACCACCUUCAUACACAGCCCUUGCAAGGAAGACUCACACGGGUAAAGAUGGUUCCUUCCUAGACGAACGUACGGAGGAACUGGUGUUGGAGGUUGAGGAAGCCGUUGAAGAGAUGUUACAAGAUGGAUCUCCACUAGGAGACAGUCAAACUGGCUCUACUGCUGCUUCAAAUGCAAAGCGCUAUCUUCUCAACCAAGAAUACAUCAAGAGAGGAAAGACAAAGAAGGGUACAAUCUACGGCCUUGGCAGUGUUCAGUACAAGAACAGCAGUCCAUCUGUGCCAAUUCCUGUCUCACUGCAGCGCAACCUAGACGUUGAUAUGCGCAUGUCUGGCUUUGAGACCACCAUUUCUGAAGUCAAGGAAGACAUUGCUGGAGUCAAGGAAGAUUUCAGUGCUUUGAAGGCAGAAAUCAAUGCUUUCAAGACUCAAGUAACAGGGGGGAUGUCAGCUAGCCAAGCAACUCUCAACAUUAUUCUGCAAACUCUCCAAUCUCAAGCUUCCACUCCUGCCUCAACUGCACAACCAUCUCAGCCUCAAGCUCAGUCACAACCUCAAGGUCAGCCCCAAGCUCCAAUUCAAUCUCAACAUCAGCCACAAGCUCAAGGUCAGUCUACGGCUCUACCACAACAUCUCACGAUCAAUAACCCAUCUGAGUUAGAUAGGUGGUGCCAAGACCUUGGUAUGUAA